AUGAUCUCUCCAAUGGCAUUAGAGUCAUUACUUGAAGGAGUUCAAAAUCAAGAUGUAAAUAAUACAAGAGAAGGACAACAACAACAAAAUCAAAAUAAUAAUUUUAAAUUUUGUAAAAUAAAUGAAGAAGAAAAAAUAAAAGAGAAUGAACAAAUAAUUAAUAGAAAAAGAAAAUUAAGUUUAAAUUCUUCAACAAAUUUUGAUGAUUUUAAUGAAAAUAAAAAUAGUAAUUUAGUAAAUUCCCCAAAUAUUUCAUUUCAACAAACAAUUCUUGAUUUGGCACAAUGUGAGGCUUUAAAAAAUAAAAAUAAUGAAGAAAAGGAUUUUAAUGGAAAAUUAGAAAUUGGCGAGGAGGAAGAAGAAGAAAGAAAUAAUGGAGAUAAUAGUAGUAAUGAUUUGAAUAGACAACGUUCACAAUUACUCGAAUUUCUUGAAGCUCGAAAAGCACUUGAAAGAAUGUUUAGUCAGUUUGUUGGUCAUCAAAAAAUGUUUCCUCCUACUUCUUCUCCAUCUUCCUUACCUUUCCAACAACAAUUAGCUGACCAAUUAUCACCUUUUCUUUUAGCUUUAAAUAAUACAAAUCAACAACAACAACAAUUAGAAACAAUAAAUAACAACAAUAAUAAUAUCCAAUCAACAUCCUCAACAUCAACAGAAUUAUUAUUUUCUGAUUCUUCUUUUCAAAAUAAUCCUUUUUUCUUUCCCCCAUGGCAUCAACAAAAAAAUUUUUUUCAAUUUUCUUCUGAAAAAUUAAAUAAAGAAGAAAUUUCAAAUAAUUCUGAAAUAUUUAAUAUUGAUGGACCAGAAGAUUUAACAACAACAAAAGAUGAAAGAGAAUCUUCUACAACGACAAUUUCAGAAUUAAUUAAUAAUGGACAACAACAACAACAAAAUUGGAGUUAUGAAGAUCAAUUUAAACAGCUUUAUGACCUCUCUGAAGAUACAUCAAGAAAGGAAUGGCUUAAUGAUUGGCUUCAAUUUAUGCAUAAAAUAGGCAAACCUGUAACUAGAAUUCCAAUAAUGGCUAAACAAGUUCUCGACCUUUAUGAGCUAUAUCGACUUGUUGUUCAACAUGGGGGGCUUGUUGAAGUUAUUAAUAAAAAACUUUGGCGGGAAAUAACAAAAGGAUUAAACUUACCUCCAUCAAUAACCUCUGCUGCAUUUACACUUAGAACACAAUAUUCAAAAUAUUUAUUUGAUUAUGAAUGUCAUCGACACAACUUUAGCAAUAUCGCAGAUUUACAAGCAGCUGUAGAUGGAAAUAAACGAGAAGGACGUAAAAAUCCUCUUCCAGGAACGUCAACAACAACAAAUUCUAGUUCAACACCUCCAUCUAUUCAAAAACAAGAACAAAAUUUACAACAACAACAAUCACCAAAUUCUUCGCAAAUGUUUAUAAUUCCCCCACCAUCAACAAAUAACUGUGUAACAACCGCCCAAAUAAUGGUCGCGGCAGCUGCAGCAGCAACUUUUGGUACUUUUCCUUCUCAAUCAUCAUUUGCUGAUCUUUUUGGAAAUUUAAAUAAUAAUUUAAAUUUACAACAAAAUAUUUUGGGAUCAGAGGAUGAUGGAGAUAAUGGGGAUAAUUUAAAUAUUAAUAAUGAACAACAAACUUUCCAGCAACAAUUAAAUAAUGUAUUAAAUGCAGUCUCUACAAAAAAUGUAUUUAAUAAAUUUGGAUUAGAUUUUAUAAAAGAAAAUGAUGGAGAACAACAACAACAAUAUUUAAAUUUAACACCAACAAUAUUUAAUUUACCUGCUUUUUAUUCUUCUAAUAAUGAUUUAAAUAAUAUCAAAAAUGAUCAAGAAUUUAAUUCUUCAUUUUUUUCAUCAACCCCUCAUCAACAUAUACUAACAGAACAAGAAUUAAUUAAAAAUAAAGAAAAAUCAGAACCUUCAAUAAUUAAAACAACAAAUAAUUUUAAAAAACAAAAACGUUCACAAUCAGUAAAUACAACAAUUAAUUAUUUAAAUAAAGAAGAAAAAAUAAAUAAAACAAUUAAUGAAAAUAAUAAAGAAAGAAUUUUAAUUAAACAAAGGGGGAAAAUAAAAGAAUCUUCAAUAAAUGUUUCUUUAAAUUUAAAUGGAAUAAUUUAUAAAGGAAUUUUAUUUGCUUGUUUUAAUAAAAAUAAUUUGGAAUUAAAUGAAAAAGAUGACUGGGAAUUUUUAAUUAAAGAUGAAAAUAAUUAA